AUGUCAUCUGAAAUUGAGAAUCUCCUGCUGACCUUGGUAAUAGGAGAAUUCAUAACGGGAAUGUUAGGGAAUGGAUUCAUUGGACUAGUUAACUGCAUUGACUGGGUCAACAAUCACAAGAUCUCAUCAGUUGACUUUAUCCUCACCAGUUUGGCUAUCUCCAGAAUUGCUUAUCUUUGGAUAGUACUAUUUGAUUUAUUUGUAAUAGUGCUAAGACCACAUAUAUAUGCCAUUGCUGAAAUAACAACAUUUAUAAAUUUUUUUUGGACAGUAACCAAUCAUCUAGCUACCUGGUUUGCCACCUGCCUAAGUAUUUUCUACUUCUUCAAAAUAGCCCAUUUCUCGCACCCCUGCUUUGCUUGGCUGAAGAGGAGACUCAGUCGAGUACUGCUUGUCCUCCUACUGGGGUCUUUGUUCUUAAUGUUUUUCAGCUUUUUAUCAAUAAACACAUUUAAUACUUUAUGGAUUGAAGCUUAUGGAAGACAUGAAAAAAACUUCACUUGGUCUUCAGAUGUAAGUAAAACUCUGUAUUUUAAUAGCUUGAACAUUAAUUUGUUUUCCUUAAUCCCCUUUCUUCUGUCCUUGACCUCAUUGCUCCUUUUAUUUCUGUCCUUGGUGAGACACAUCAGGAAUUUGAAGUUCAACUCUAUGGACACAAGAGACUUCAGCACAGUGGCCCAUAUAAGGGCCAUGAAAAUGGUGAUGUAUUUCCUUCUCCUCUUCAUAGUUCAUUCUAUUUCCAGUCUAUCAUCAGGAUGGAUUUUCUUUUCAUUGAAGCAACAAGAGGCCACUUUAUUUGUCAUUUUUUUAUUAACUAUUUUUCCUUCAGGCCAUUCAUUUAUCCUAAUUCUGGGAAACAGCAAGCUAAGGCAGACUGCCUUACAACUACUGAGGCAUUUUAAAUGCCAUUUGAAGAGAGUAAAAUCUUUAACUUCAUAA